AUGUCAUCAUUUGUUCCUGUUAGCGUCAGCUAUCCCCCCUUGUUCAGUCGCCAAGUAUUGGAACUUUGGGAUUACGUAUGGGAUGCCCAGCAACAAUCAUAUGAGAGAGUAAGUUUUCGCCCUCUCCAUAUGUUUGAGAGAGACGACAACCCCGUGGAUAAUGUUGAGGAGGGCGAGUUUUUACCCCCUAGACCAAUCCUACUUCGAGAACUGCAACCCAGUGUUCAAAGAAGAAUGGAGAGGCCCCCUACAAGACCGCCGCCGCCGCCGCCAGGAGUGCCCCCUACAAGACCGCCGCCGCCGCCGCCAGGAGUGCCCCCUACAAGACCGCCGCCGCCAGGAGUCAGCGUAACCAGUCCCAGACAAGUAUCCAGCGGAACUAGUCCCAGACAAGUAGCCAGUCCCAGACAAGUAUCCAGCGGAACUAGUCCCAGACAAGUAGCCAGUCCCAGACCAGGUCCCAUUUUGAGUAGUCCUGUGAGUCCAACGGUAGCCGAGUCCCCGGCCAGUCCUGAUAGUUCUGAACCUUACUCACCCACUGACACCCCCACCAAGAGGACUACACCAUCUCCCCGUCCUCAUUCACCUGAUCGACUGGAGUGUGAGCGGUCAUUUUUCGUGGCGAGACAAGACCACCAAUUUGCCUUGCCCUCCAGCUGUCCGAAUAAUCAACCACCCAGACCACCGGUGCCAGCAUUCUCAGCGAGCAAUCCACCCCUUCAGCCAGCUCCGGAGCCCCACCGCGCUCGAGUCAGGAGCAGGAGGAGAGCGCCAUCCCCACCCAGACCCGUGGGACGGGGAAGAGGAGCCCCCUAUGCCAGACCCUCUAUACCAUCAGAGGACUCCGCUUUUGGGAGACCGUCUUUACCGUUUGGGCGAGCCAGAAGUCUCUUCUCAGACUUUAUUCCCAAUAUCCAGUCUCCUCCCUCUCCGCCGCCCAUGGUACAGACCUUUCCGGGACCUUCGAGGACCCCGUCACCGCCACUUCCUGGACCUUCAAGAUCUCCAUCCCCUGACCUUCUGAUGGAACUUUACCAGCACAGCCGCCACCCAGAGGACCACAGAAGUCACUUAACGAUAACGCCUAGCUGGAGCAGAAAAGCCCCCAAGGAAGAUAGAGGAGAAUGCAUUAUUUGUUACGGGGAGGACGAACAUCUCCAGAUACAGUGUCAGAAUUGUCAGACAAUGAAGGAGCAAGUAGAUUUACAUCGACAAGGUCAAACAGAUCAAGCCCCACCUCAACCCCCUAACAUGGAUAAGAUAACUAGAACUCCUGGGGGUAAGAUGCAAUUGAUGGUUAGAUUGCCUUAUCAGAACCCCACCCCUGGAAGCCCUGCAAGUCUUGUAACCCCUAGUGUAUCUUAUCAAGAUGAAAAUUUAGAUGCUACUCUCCCCUACAUGGACGAUAAAGCCGUUCAGAUAAUGGAUAGGGCUAUGACAGGACCCAUAGGAGCUGCUAGAACCAGUGACAAUAUAUUGACGUCUACCCCCGUAAGAUCUUCUCCGUCACCCUCAGUAUUUGAUCACAUUCUUCCUUUCUCCCCUUUAACGGGACCUGUAUCUCCUGAAGUGCCUGUUGCCUCUACCCCUAAGCGUAGACCCUCUCUGAAAUUAAAGAAGAAAGCCAAAGAUCCUUUUGCGGGGUUAAAAAAACCAUGGGAGAAAGUUUAUGAUCCUGAUCCGAAGCAAGAACUCUCUACUAAGAAGCACAUCUUGAGAAAACUAGUCAAACCUCAGAGUAAAUUACCUAAAUCUCCCGAAUUUAAUGCUGCUAUUGGGUUAGGACAACAAUUAGAUCAGAUUGAAUCGAGAACAGAUUUGACCCCUGAAGAAAAAGCAGCUCUGUAUGGGCAACAAUUAUACCGGUAUCGAAAUUAUUUAGCUCAAGCUCGUAUUCAACAAAAUCCUCUUGCUGCUGUCGCUGCUGCCGCUGCUGCUACCCCUUCCCCUACUGCUGCUGAUGGUGCCCCUGCUGCUGAUGGUGCUGCUGCCCCCGAUGAUGCUACUCCUGCUGUUGCUGUUCCUAAAACCAGGGAAAUGGAUUCGCAAGUAAUCAGAAGUGUUUCUAGUAAAAUGCAAAGAAAAGCAGGGCUUCUUUUAGAUCACCUUAAAAAAUCUAAUGUCAUACAAUGGAACGACGAUGGAGAAAUUAGUUAUCGAGGAGAACCCAUCCCUGGUUCUAAUAUCGUAGAUUUAGUUACCAAUACAAUGAAAACUAAAUCUAGUGCUAGGUUACCUCCACUGCCAGGUUCUAAUGAAUUUGCUCAAGCUUUGAAAGAAACCAAAGUCCCUAGAGAAUAUGUGGUAAAUCCUAACGUUAUAAAAGCUAUGGAAAGACCGGGAAAAAUCAGUACCCCUAUAACACCUAGAGCCCUUGCUCCCCUAAAAGAAUAUGAUGAUGAGGAUGAUGAUACUGGAUUUCACGAUGCCUCUAGUAUUACCCCUAGUAGUACUUUUAUGACUCCUAAAAGAAAGAAAAAAGGUGACAUCUUAGACUACGUUUUUUCUCCCUCUGAACCCUCUGGUAUAGGAAGACAAAGAAAAGCUCUUAGAUGGGACGUCUUAAGAAAAUAA